GUGUUAAUGCCAGGUUGAGCCUGACCAUGCCCAAUUGACAUUCCUAUAUAUAUGUAUAUUUUACUCUUUAUAAUUAUUUAUUAUUGUUAAUUUUUUUUUAGAAAAUUAUAUGAAAAAUAAUAAAUAAAAAUUAUUUUGAACAUUUAAAAAGAAAAAAAAAUAUUAAAUUAUUAGUAUUAUUUUUUUUAAAAAAAUAAUUAUUAUUGCAAAAAAAAAAAAAAAUUGUCACAUUCCAUUCCUAUGUAAUCCUCAUAUUCCUAGGCAUCAUCAUAAUAUUACUGCACAUAACCAAACACAGUAUUGUUGCUUUCCUAGGUUUAUAAUUCCCUUCAUCACUCUGUUAUCAAUGUUAAACCUAUUCCUAUGAAAUGAAACCUGCAUACCAAACGGCCCCUAAAAGAUGGUGUUAUUACUCUGGGUCUUGCACAUCCAAACUAGGUUUCGUCCAUUGGUAAAUCCUGUUGCAGUUGAGCUUCCAUGGAGAAAUAAAUAAUCAACUCGUGUUUCACAUUUACACUCAAUAUUCCAUUUAGUAAUUUGAAUUAUGAUGCUCUAAUUCUUUUAUGCACUCUUUGACCUCAAAUAAACGGGGUUCAAAAUCAAAAUUCAAACACAAAUUAUGAUACAUCUAUGAAUGGUUGGUUUGAAUUUUUUUGUUGGGUAGAUGUAUAGUUCAUUCACUUGACCCAUAAACCGAACAAGAUUUUUAGAUUUAGGGCAUUAUUCCUUCAAAAUUUUCUCCUUAAACCCUAGUCCUUUUCUUCUCCAAAUAUUUUUUGCUCUAUUUAACUUAUUCCCGGGUAUUUUCAUAUAAGUAGUUGCAACCUGAAGUUGUAACAAAGCGAUUUCACUUAUAUGCAUAAUAACAACACUUUUUUCUUUCUCUCACUCUCUCUCUCUCUGUCUGUCUCUCUCUCUCUAUAUAUAUAUCUCGCUCUUUCUCUGUAUAUAUAUGUGUGUGGCUUUCUCUCUCCCUCUCUGUCAGAUUUAUUUAUGUUUCCUUUAUUCUCUGAUUUGAGAAUGAAAAAUGAGAACAGCAUGAAGAUGAUGACAUGAGUAGCUUAUCAGAGAGAGGAAGGUUUUUUACUAUUACAAUUCCCUCCCUUCUGAGUAAACAUGGAAACUGAAUCCGAGAAGAUGAGAUCAGAAACGGAGAAACAAUGGAGCCGAUAUUCAAAACGAAAUUGGUCAUUGCAAGACUUUGAGAUCGGAAAACCACUUGGCAAGGGAAAGUUCGGCCGAGUCUAUCUCGCCCGAGAAAUUAAGAGCAAAUACAUAGUAGCAUUGAAGAUUAUAUUCAAGGAGCAAAUGGAGAAGCAUUCGAUGCACAAUCAACUCAAGCGUGAAAUGGAAAUUCAGACCAGUCUUAGGCAUCCCAACGUUCUUCGACUCUAUGGCUGGUUUCACGAUUCUCAACGCAUCUUCUUAAUUCUCGAGUAUGCUCAUCGGGGCGAGCUCUAUGGGGAGCUUAGAAAAAAUGGCCAUUUCUCUGAAAACCAAGCCGCUACGUAUAUUUUAAGCCUUACACAAGCACUGGCGUAUUGUCACCAGAAGCAUGUAAUUCAUAGAGAUAUAAAGCCAGAGAAUUUGUUGCUUGACCAUCAGGGUCGGUUGAAAAUCGCAGACUUCGGAUGGUCUGUUCAGUCAAGUAGCAAGAGGCAUACCAUGUGUGGAACGUUGGAUUACUUAGCACCAGAAAUGGUUGAGAAUAAAGCUCAUGAUUACGCUGUUGAUAAUUGGACUUUGGGUAUUCUUUGUUAUGAGUUUCUAUAUGGGGCACCUCCAUUUGAGGCUGCAACUCAAAGAGAUACAUUUAGAAGAAUAGUGCAAGUUGAUUUGUGCUUCCCUCCUACACCUAAUGUUUCUCAAGAAGCCAAAAAUCUCAUUAGCAGGCUUCUAGUAAGAGAAUCCUCAAAGAGACUCUCUCUGCGGAAUAUUAUGGAGCACCCUUGGAUUAUCAGGUUUGCCAAUUCUAGUGGUAUUUGCAAUAACUAGCAUUUCCGUUCUUGAUGGAUGUUCCAAAAGUGGGUUACAGGUUCUGUUUAUGUAGUAUUUUAGUCAGAAGGUAAUGGAACUUCUUAAUCACAAUCCUUUCUUUUUUUUUUUUUUUUGCUUUCAAAGAUCAAUAUUAUGCCUUGUGAUUUCGUAAAACUAUGUAAAAUUUGAUGUAUUCAGCAAUGACAUACGUAUACGAUCUUAUGUCAAAUAUUUUGUAACUACUGAGAGCAGACACUGGACUAAUGUGAACCUACACACGAAAUCAUCAACAAAAAAACAUGUAUGAAAAAAGUUUGAUGGUUAAUUGUA